AUGCCCGACUCCACCAUGCCGUCGCCCAUCGGCACCCAGCAAGAUGAAGAGAAGGCCAUACAACCCCCUGUCGUCUCUGAGAGCCCUGCUCUGGACUCAGCUCUCCCACCAGAGGGCGGCCUUCGAGGUUGGCUAUGUUGCGCUGGCGGUUCCCUAGGUCUCAUUGGUAUCUUCCAAACCACCUAUCAAGAGACUCUCUUGACGGACUACAGCUCUUCCGACAUCUCAUGGAUCUUUACAAUCCAGCUCGCUCUCAUAUGGGCUCCAGGUUCCCUAUUCGGCCGCAUUGUAGAUGCCUACGGACCGCGCCCGGUCAUGCUCCCAUGUACCUUUCUUUGCCUCUUCUCACUGUGCAUGACGAGUCUUAGCACCGAAUACUAUCAGAUCAUCUUGGCGCAGGGAAUUGGUUAUGGACUCGGAGCUGGAGGUAUUUUCACCACCUGCUUGGUCUGCGUGAGCCAGUGGUUCGUCAAGCAGCGAGGCCUUGCUCUGGGAAUUACUGUUGCGGGUAGUAGUAUUGGGGGCGUGGUAUUCCCAUUCUUUCUGCAACUGGUUAUGGAAGACGUGGGAUUCAAUGGCAUGGUACGCUACACGGCGCUGUUCAUAGGUAUCGCUUUAGUUGGCGCCUUCUUUCUUCUCGGUGCGCGCCUGCCUCCUAAGAAAUGGGACUCAGAAAUGGCAUGGAUUGACUUCAAGCUGUUCAAAAACCGAGGCUUUGCUUUCUAUGCCCUCGGCUCAUAUUUUGUGAUGUGGGGAUUAUGGGCACCUUUCGAUUAUCUUCCUAGCAUGGCCCAAUUGUCGGGAAUGUCGGAUUCGCUGGCCCUCUACCUGAUCGCUAUCGUGAAUGCUGCUUCACUUUUCGGACGAAUUAUCCCCGGGCACAUCGGAGACAAGGUGGGAUACUUUAACAUCAUAGUCACGUCCGCCUUCCUAAGCUGCAUUGCGAUCCUCUGUUUAUGGCUGCCUUUCGAUUACCAUUCUUCAAAUGCCGGCCUCAUCGUUUUUGCUGUGGCUUACGGCUUUUUCAGCGGCGCCUUCGUUAGCAUCAUGAUGCCAUGUUGCGCAAAGUCCGGCAGCCUAGAGACCCUGGGGAGACAGAUAGGUACUUAUCAGGGUGUUAUAGCUAUCUCCACUCUUACUGGCCUGCCGAUCAUGGGAGCUAUCUUGAAAAGGCAGGAUGAUUCAACCUAUAUGGGCAUGCAAGUAUUUGCCAUUGUGACCAUGUUUCUCGGUUUCGUGUUCCUCUUGGUUUCUCGUAAUGUCCUGGCUGCGGCUCACGGAACAUGGAAAUACUGA